ACAUUACUUAAGGGCCGAAAAGUUGCGAUUUAGUAGUAAACAAAUCAUGCGGAAUUCUCUGAUUUGACCAUUCGAUUUUGCUGAAUAAUUCUCAAGCGUAAGGAAAAUUAAGUGUAGAAUGGGUGAGCUAAGCACAGCCGAAAUUAAUAGCAAUAGUUCAAGCACUAAUGAGACCAGAGAUGAUACACCCAAACAGAUGUUGUCAAGGUUUUAUUCUCUACAAGAGGAAAGGGUACAGACUUAUUCAAUGUUUGAAGAAGGUUUCCAAGCUUACCUGAAAGGUGCUCCCAAUUACAACUUUCCAUUAUACAGACAAUUAGUCAGUGAGAUCACAGAGACGUUCAAUAAAAUCUCAACAGACAUUCUUUCCAUCAAAUCUACAUUUGCUGAAUGGAAUAAUCUAUUACCAAUAUCAGAAAUAAUCGGCAAGAUUCAAGAUGCAGAAAAAACAAAGCUUGAACUUACUGCCAAGUUGCAACUAUGUCGACAGAAGCUUCAAAGUGAAAAUAGUGAUACAGCUCAAUCUGAGGUGGAUGAUAUUAAAGAACAAUUAAAAGAGAAUAGAGAUUUCCUUGUAGAACAGAUGGAAGAACUGAAAUAUGAGUCAGAAGAUCUUUAUACAGAAGACAGCAGUGAACCUGAGGCUGUAGACUCCACUCUUAGUGCAGAAAGAUGACGGAGGUUGCCAAAAAUGUUGUAUUCCAUAUGUGUUCUUUUCUCAUUCAUUAGUGUGUAAUGUUUUAUUUUUUUAGUUCUGGUAUAAAAGGGAUUUUCUUGCAUCAUUAACAAUGAGGGAAUCACAUUUUAACAACAAUUUGAAUCAUUCAUUUACCCACACAGGGGACCUUGAAUUUGUCAUAUUUGAAGAAAUUUGUUCUGCUGCUCAGUGGUUUGAGAAAAACUUUUGUAUUUGUGUGUGUUUUACUGUAUGUUUUCUAAACAACUUAAAUUUAUGGUUAAAUGAUAACAGUACAGAAUCUAAGUUCUGAUGAUAUGAUUAUGUUGCUAAUACAUGUAAAUCCAAGUGCUGAUUCAUUUUUGUAAGAAAUGAUGAACCAAAUUGUCAAAGAUUUAAAGUUUUACAUGUGAUUGAAAGAUUAAAUUGUUACAGUUAAGAAUGCUGUUUUUAUUUGAUUUUAUUUUUUAUAUGUUUAGUAGCAAAACUACAUGUAUGUGAAUUUAAGAAACAUACAUGUAAGUAUUUAUAUUUAUUGAAGUAAAUUUAAUGUUGAUUAAGCUUCAAGAAAUAUUGAGCUCUUUCAAAAGGUAUAGACCUACAGGUAACUGUAAUACAAUGAUCUACAUAAAUUUCAAUAUCUACAAGGAAUAUGAUACAGAAAAUACAAGAUCUUCAAGAAAUACUGAGAUACACAAGAAAAACCAAGAUCUAUAAGAAAUACAAAGAUCUAUAUGAAAUAAAGGAAUUAUGAUAAUUAUGAGAUUUACAGGAAAUACUGAGAUCUUCAAGAAAUACUGAGUUAAACAAGAAAAACCAAGAUCUGUAAGAAAAACAAAGACCUACAAGAGAAAGCAUUUUCUGCAAGAGAGAUACCAAGAUCUACAAGAAAUAUUGAGAUAAAUAUGAAAUUCCAAAAAUGCACGAAAAAACUGAAAACUUCAAGAAAUACCAAGACCCAUAAGAAAUACCAACAACUACAAGUAACACUAAGAUCUACAAGAAAUAUUUAAGACAAAGAUUAACAAGAAAUACUGAGGCCCAAGAUUUACAAAUUAUAAAUUAAACUAGUUUCUUGCAGGUUAGGAAUUUGCUGAUGCAUUCACACUCUAGCAAUGGCUCUACAUCAUACAUGGCCACGUCAUGUUUAGAUGAGUUUAAACGAUUGAAGCUAAAAGACAAUUAUGUAUCAAAUAUUGGACAAAUAAAAAUAAUUUAUAUCUGC